AUGCAGCGACGUGGACAAUUGAGUCGAAGGCUCGUCAACAGCGCGGACAGGGAUCCCAGCGACGAAAACUCGCUUUCCAGGGCGCCGGCACCCGCCUGUACGUCGCGCGGGACGCACGUCGUCGAAACAACGUCACUGAAACGACACUCGAAAGUGCUUCGAUCGCAAGACGCGUCCGGUACUGCGGAGUCCGUCAACUCUCAGACUCCAGACGAUGAGGUCGACCACACCCUGUGGACGCUUGUGCGUGAAGUGAGCGACGCCGAGGCUGCGUUCUGGGCGCUGCGUAACGAUAGCCGCCUGUUAGGUUUCGUGCUGCGCUCGCAGCUACUCGCGCUGGUUCACGAUGACUCCAGUGUGACAGACUUUUUGGAGGCUGCGCAGCAGCCCACGGACGUCGGUGACGUUCAGGCUGAGUUUAUUCUUUGCUGGGUACCGGUGCCGGGUGGACCCGCGAUCCUCUGGCGGGCCGACUAUCAACGCCUCAUUGAGGAACAAGUCGCGAGGCGCCUCUCCGAGCUGGAGGACCCAGCUCGCAAAGCAGCGCUCUGGGGAACCACUCGUGAGCAGGUCGAACGCGACACCCACAUUCGUGCAGCGGAUGGUUCCUGUUGGUUACGCACCCUUCCGUGCCCACCUUCGGUGAUUCGAGCCCUCACCCAAGGUCAAAAGGCCCUCGUGCAACAAGUCAAGCGCAUGGGUCGCUACGGACGCUUGCCGCUUCAUCGAGCCGAGUUGCUGCGCCUUUCGCGCACGUGUUUUUCCGCCCGUUUCCAUAUUUUGGAUGCGGUCGGUUGCGGGACACUCGCGCUUGAUGCCCAGAAUACGCUCAGUAAGGAGCCGUACCUAUGCUUGCCCGAGGUGCGCACAACGAACAUAGUCGAUUCAGGCGAGAUCGGUUUCUAA